AGCCCCGUGGAUCAGGCGUCAACCCUCUCCGAAGCACCUCCAAAGCUAUACUUAGCCCAGGAAGCUGCACCCAAGUCGGAGCGAGAAGCAAGAGCAGCGCCUGAUCUUCCUGGGAUUAGUUUGAGCCACGGCGUUAUGUGAUUUUGCACAUUUCUGGAUGUGAUGACAGCAUCAUCCGCAGCGAAGACUUGGGGAUUUCUUUGACAGUCGGUGCGGAUCCUUUGACUCAGGACGAUGAUCAAAGAGAUCAAAGAGCUGGUGCCCCUCAUGGGCAGCAAGAAAACAAACCCAUCGGUCCCUCCGCCAGAGAAAAGGCCGGCCGAAGGCACAUCCACAAAGAGAAGCGGAGUUGGUACCACGUAUUCAGAAGGAACGCGGGGCACAGCGAGGAACCCCGCCACACCCACGCAGGGGCAAUCCCACCAGGGAAAGCUGGCGAAUCAAGUAGUCUCAUGUUUCCAGGGCAGCAGAAAACCUUCAUCCAAGCUUUUCUGUUUCUACUUAACAGAAUAUCUGAUGAAAAAGAUGACUUCUUCAGACACGGGCAAGACCUGCCUGAUGAAAGCCUUGCUAAAUAUCAACCAGAACACCAAGGAAAUUGUGAAUAUGCUCCUCUCCUUUGCCGAAGAAAAUUUCAUCUUAGAACGACUCAUUAACGCAGCCUACACCGAGGAGGCAUACAAAGGGCAAACAGCUCUGAACAUCGCCAUUGAGAGGCGGCAGUAUGAUAUCACCCAGACCCUUAUCGAGAAAGGUGCCGAUGUCAAUGCCCGCGCGGAAGGUGUGUUCUUCAAUCCAAAGCACAAAUACGAAGGUUUUUAUUUCGGGGAGACGCCCUUGGCCUUAGCCGCUUGCACCAACCAGCCCGACAUAGUCCAGCUGCUGAUGGAGAACGGCAAGACGGACCUCAUGUGCCAGGAUUCCAGAGGAAAUAACAUCCUGCAUGCUUUGGUGACCGUGGCGGAAGACUUCAAAACACAGAACGAUUUUGUACGGCGGAUGUACGACGACAUCCUCUUGAAAAGCAGAAAUCGGGAUUUGGAGAUCAUGAAGAACAAGGAUGGGUUGACGCCACUACAGUUGGCCGCCAAAACCGGGAAGCUCGAGAUUCUGAAGUACAUUCUCAGCAGAGAAAUCAAAGAAAAGCCCAUCCGGAGUCUUUCUCGGAAGUUCACCGACUGGGCAUACGGCCCUGUGCAGUCAAACCUCUAUGACUUAACCGAACUGGACACUACCUCAGAAAAUUCAGUGCUGGAUAUCAUUGUCUACAAUACAAAUAUUGGGAAUCGCCACGAAAUGUUAGCUUUGGAGCCUCUGCAGUCUUUGCUGCGGAUGAAGUGGAAAAGGUUCGCCAGGCACAUGUUCUUCAUGUCGUGCUGCUUCUACUUUGUCUACAAUGUCCUGUUGACGAUGAUCUCCUACUACCGGCCUCACGCAGAUAUGCCUCCGCCUUACCCUCUUGCCAUGACUGACAACCUGGGAUGGUUGCAGUUGACAGGCCAAAUGAUUGUGAUGCUGGGGGCCAUAUUCAUCGCAAUUAAAGAGAGCGUCGCCAUCUUCUUGCUCAGGCCUUCGGACCUUCAGUCAAUUCUCUCGGAUGCCUGGUUCCAUUUCGCAUUCUUCAUCCAGGCGGUGCUGGUGAUCUUCUCCGUCUGCUUGUACCUGCUGUCCUACAAGGAGCACCUGGUGUGCCUGGUCCUGGCCAUGUCUUCGGGAUGGGCCAACAUGCUCUAUUUCACCCGGGGUUUGCAGUCCAUGGGAAUCUACAGCGUCAUGAUCCAGCAGGUUAUUUUGAAUGACGUAAUCAAGUUCAUGGCAGUGUAUAUCGUCUUUCUGCUUGGAUUCGGCGUAGCCCUGGCCGCGCUGAUCGAGACGUGUCCGGAAGACAGCAAGUGCAGCAACUACAGCACCCUGGGCAGCGUGGAGGUGGAGCUCUUCCGGCUGACCCUUGGCCUGGGUGACCUGGACAUCAACGAAAACGCCAAGUAUCCCAUCCUCUUCCUGCUGCUGCUCAUCUCGUACGUCGUCUUAACCUUUGUGCUGCUCCUGAACAUGCUGAUCGCCUUGAUGGGGGAGACGGUGGAGGACAUCUCCAAGGAGAGUGAACACAUCUGGAGGUUACAGAGAGCAAGGACGAUUGUGGAAACGGAGAAGCUUUUGCCCAAGUUCUUGAGGAAGAGAUUCCAACUUGGAGAGUGGUGCAAAGUGGCAGACAACGACACACGGCUAUGUUUACGGAUCAAUGAAGUCAAGUGGACAGAAUGGAAAACGCAUGUGUCGUUUAUCAAUGAAGACCCAGGGCCAACAGAUUACAACAGAGUGCAAGAAGGAUCGCGGAGUAACAGCAAGACCACCUUGAACGCAUACGAAGAGGUCUACGAUUUGCCGGAAACGUCCGUAUAGCGGUCCUAAAAGUGUGACAGAGCGGAA